AAAAGUUGGCUUACUAAUGACAUUAUAUAGCACGUCCAGAACGGAAGUCCUGCAUACUGGAUGGAGACUGGAUACUUUCCGCAACCAAACCACUUUACAGUCUUAAAACUCAAAAACAUUAAAACGAGGAACACAACACAUCCAUCCAUCCAUCAAAUAUUGUGUUCCGUCACUCAUUUUCCCUGCCAAUCUCAACAAACAACAAACCUUUCCCAGAAAAUAAUAUAUCAGCAAAUGGAAAUCAACUUUGUCAUUACGAGUACAAUUAUUCCUAUCAUCUAGGAAAAUUCGCGACAUUUUUAACCUUCGCCUUCAUUACCUUUCAAAUUCUGGGAAAGUCUCCCAUGAUAUCGACGAGGCUGCGUCAAUCCACAAUUGUCAGCAAACCUCCUCAUUCCACCCACCCCCUUGAACGACAUUCAACUUAAUAUCCAUUCAUCGAGACCAUCCAAAUUAUAUCGCAAACCCUAGUAAAGCCGUCCGGCUAUUGCUCUAUUGCUUCUUCCCACAACAAAUACUUCUCCACAUAAUCCCCCUUCAUUCAUCCAUCAUGAAGAGUCGACCUCCUAAGAUGCCUCUCAUCAACUCCGGAUUUCCGUCUCGUGCGACUCCUGAGAUAGUUGAUGAUUCGCAUUCAUCUACAAGUAAUUCACCUGCGCGUGCUGAUUACGAAGAAUCCGAUUUCUUUACCGGCAACAACGAUUCGCAAUCUUCAAUCGGCGUGCCAACUUUCCAAGAUAUGGCUGUCACAGAAACUUGUAUAGCGGCAUCAAACAGACUGCCGGCAGAAGUUCUCAUCAACAUAUUCUCAAAACUCGCCCAUCCAAACGACCUUUUAUCUUGCAUGCGAGUAUCUAAAAAAUGGGCUAGGAAUAGUGUUGAUUUAUUAUGGCACCGACCCGCAUGUUCGACAUUUCCGAAACUUGGGCACAUUUGCAACACGCUUACCCUAGAGAACCCCUACUUCGCAUAUCGAGAUUUCAUCAAAAGAUUGAAUUUAGCCAUUUUAUCAGAUCGCGUCAGUGAUGGGACCGUUCAACCUCUUUCCGUAUGCACAAGGGUGGAACGAUUAACCUUAACCAACUGCGAGGGUAUCUCAGAUAGCGGAUUGACUGGACUCAUUACUGAUAAUAGUCACCUACUCGCUCUUGAUAUUUCUGGAGUUAAACAAAUCACCGAUACUUCCAUGUUCACUUUGGCGGAGCACUGUCGUCGAUUACAAGGUCUGAAUAUAUCACAAUGCGUUGGAAUUACCUCUGAAUCUAUGGUGAAAGUGGCAGAAAGUUGCCCCAACCUUAAACGUGUAAGUUAUCACAGGUUGAUUCAAAAUCUAUACUGACAUAAUUUUAGCUUAAAUUAAAUGAGUGUGAGCAAUUAGACGACAGAGCCAUCAUGGCAUUCGCUGAAAAUUGCCGUAACAUCCUCGAGAUCGAUCUGCACCAAUGUAAACAUAUUGGAAAUGACCCGGUUACUGCCCUGCUCACAAAUGGAAACGCUCUUCGAGAACUUCGAUUGGCGAGUUGUGAAAAGAUCACCGAUAUGGCAUUCCUCAACCUACCUCACAAAGCGGCAUAUGAUCAUUUACGGAUAUUGGAUCUCACAAGCUGUCAUAAUCUCACAGAUGCCGCCGUUGAGAAGAUCAUUACUGUUGCUCCAAGAUUGAGAAAUUUAGUGUUUGCAAAAUGUCGACUCUUGACAGACCAUGCAGUCAAUUCCAUUAGCAGGUUGGGAAAAAACCUUCACUACCUCCACCUUGGACAUUGUGGACAAAUCACUGAUACUGCUGUUAUCAAACUGGUUCAAGCAUGCAAUCGUAUUCGUUAUAUCGAUUUAGGUUGUUGUAUUCACCUCACAGAUGCAUCCGUCACAAAGUUAGCCACACUCCCCAAAUUAAGGCGUAUUGGUCUAGUCAAGUGUUCGUCUAUCACAGAUGAGAGCGUUAUAGCAUUAGCUAUCGCGCAAAAACAACGACAAAUAGGUCAUCGAGGUCAUCAUAUCGACGAUGCAUCUUACAAUGGAAGUUGUCUAGAAAGAGUACAUCUUAGCUAUUGUACUAAUUUAACACUUUCGGUAAGUGGAAGAUUAUCACGAUUGAGGUUUAUUGCUAAUGACAAGAUAGAGCAUAAUUUUGCUACUUAAGAAUUGCCCGAAGUUGACUCAUCUGAGUUUGACUGGCGUUCACGCUUUUCUUCGACAAGAUCUUGAACAGUUCUGUAGAGAUGCCCCUGCAGGUAAAUUAUUUCCUUCUCAUACUUGUUUUUUAUUUACUGACCAUUCAUAGAAUUUAAUGAACAUCAACGCAAUGUAUUUUGUGUCUUCUCCGGACCUGGUGUGAAUGGUCUACGUAAUUUUUUGGUUCGAGAUGAACGACCAAUUAGCAACGAGGAUGAAGAUGACAUUGUUAUUGAUCAGGGUAUGGAUGCACCAGCCAAUACAGACGCUGAUGACGACCAAACAAUGACUGGCAUGAUGAACGCUACUGGACUAAAUAAUGAGGAAAACGACGCUGAUGACGACGAAGUUUUAGAUGAUCAGCAGUUUCCGGUAUUUCCAUAGUACUCAUAUUGAGUUCCACGUAGGCCAAUAUCUUGGAGCACCUCAUAAACUAUCUUCUUAAGCAUAUGAGGCAUACAAUCAAUUCGAAUAGAGGUCAGCGAGCGGGCAUUGACAUAUCCGAUCAUUGGGAAAAUGGAGUUUAGGGGUGGGCAAGGUUUAAUUACGGACGAACAUACCCAUUUCGUUACGAAUCAUUUUUCGUACACCAAUCUGUUUUGGAAUGGACUGAAUGCAUUAUGAUUGAUUACCUUUAUGGUACAUAGAUAUCAUUUUCUUAAGCGAGGGGGAAAGUCGGGAUAGUAAACCUUUAGGUGUAUCAUUUGUAUAUACGCAUUUCUUGGCGCUUGGGAUGAAAGUUGAUGGUGGGUUUGGAGGGAUUGUUUUGUGUUUCUAACGGGGUGUAACCUGGGUUGGGGGUUAGGAUAGGGGG